UAAUGGUCUCCGGUCUAUGCAAUUCGACGACACACGGAAAGCUUGAGCAGAACUUGAGCCCAGUUUGAAUUAAAAGCCGAACGAUUUUGUAUUGAAUGGACGAUUGUAUAUUAUAGCGCGGGAUUUUCGGGUGCUUUUAUUUUUUCUCUUGGAUGAUGCGUUUCGUGAGCUUUUGAACAAAGAGCGCGCGCGGUCGUGAGCUUUUCUGCGGGACGUUUUUUUUUUUUUUUCAUUUUUUUAGCUGACCGACGUGCUUUUAUUAUUUGUGUUAAAUGCAAGUGGAUGAAAAUGAUGAUAAUAAAUUAAUGAAAUAACUAUCAAUGAGCAUGCUGAAGCAUAAGGUCCAAGACCGUCAAUGCGACGAACGGUUGCAGAAUCUCGAGGUCGUCAAAUGCCGCGUUAAAAUUUAUAAGACAAACAUGCAACGGUGUCCGUACAUCCACGAAAUGAAAGAACGACUUUUGGGAGAACAGCCGCCCGUCGAGCAGAUUCAACCUGCCAAGAAACCAGUGACGCCUCCUUCCUCCAAAAUGGACCAGCAGCAACUGUUGCUACCUCAACAGCAACCUGUAGGAACCGUAGUUAAGCUAAACCCAGAUGGGUACGGAUCUCAUACGUCGCCAACGCAUCUUAGGCCCGAUAGGACCCCGUUAAUGCCAAAGCAGCCCGAAGACGAUUUUCACGUAUAUCAUACCAAAGCAUAUCCUAAGAAUGCCAAAACAUCCCUCUUCAUUAUCAUGAGCUUUGUAUACGCAAAGCUGCUUGUCGUAGUAUGUAUAGCGUACGUGUUCUCGGACGUAGUCACUCACAACAUUCCACUUUACUACUACGAAGGAUUCUUCACUUACCUCUACGGCAUGAGCAUCCUGUUUUUGCUCUACGUAUUCUGUUUUCUAUUGCAAGAAAGCUCUUGCUGUGCCGGAAACGAGAAAGAGAUAAAGGUGAAGCAACCGCCGAAGCAAAAAGCCAAAGAAAAAGAAAAGGAACGAAAACAAGAAGAAGAAAAAAAGAAAAAAGAAGAAAAGGAGCAGAAAAAGAAGGAGGAAAAGGAGAAGAAAAAAGAAAAAGACAAGAAGAGCAAGAAGCAAGACAAGCAAAAAGCGUCCAGCUCCAAAACCAAACCGGACGGGUCGCGCGAUCCAGAUUUCAACAUCUCUUUUAGUUUUGAAGAUAUUAAGAGGGAGAAAUUUCCACGCAAGAUGCGUGACAUGGUGCAAGCCGAAGCUGAGAUCACCACUAAUGGCACUAAUGGUCGCGCUUUUGUCCAAAAGAGCACCACGUACCGACGCAACAGCGAAGGCGUGGUCGACGCCGAGGACGUGGUGCCGGUGCCCGUGAUCGAAAUUACCGAAAAGGCCCGACAAAAGGGCGCGUCACAUGACCAACUACGUCACAACUCUUCACAGGGCCCCCAGCCGCCAGAGGGAGCCGGCGCGCCGCCGCCGCCCGCCCCGCCCCCGUCCGCGCCCGCCGCGCACGUCAACAACGUCGACGUCGAGGGCGGCGCCGCAGUCGUACCCGAACGGAAUCCCGCGCAGCAACCGAAGGUCAAGUGCAAGAGGAAGACGACGCAGAACGACCACAGUCACGGGAGUUUCUUCUUGAGAAUUGGAGCGAUAGCUUUUGGCCUGGGCACGAUGAUCUACAACGGUCUGGAGUUCGGGGUGUUCUUCGAGAUCCCAUUUAACUCACCGUGCUACAUGAUCUUGAGAGGGGUGAACCCGGUUCUGCAGAUGAUCUUCACCUUUAUGCAAAUGUAUUUUAUAUUUAUGAAUUCGAGGUUAAAUAUCCAUCGAUUCAAAGUGGUAGCACGAUUUGGUCUUAUGCAUGUCGUAGCCACCAAUCUUUGUGUGUGGAUCCGGACUCUCGUCUUGGAAUAUAUUAAGGAGAUUACCAUUUAUCAUAGGGACCUUUUGAAUGGUACUUCGGUGUCGCCUACGAAUACCGCUCCUUUUGCAGAAAGCAUCAAACAACACACGCUUCGCAAUGCAAACACCAUUUUGGGUACCCACCUUGCGAAACCCGACGUACUACCCAGUACCACCACCACUAGUACCACUACCACCACUACGGCCACCAGCUUAUUGGCUGCCACUAUAGCAGCCACCCCAUAUAACGUUAAAAAGUUCGUCACUACGACCGCACGCUCGGUUUACCCUUAUUUUAAUAAUAUUAUCACUACGACGACGACUUUACCCACCACUACCACCAGAAAAGUGUUCACUACCGCUAAAACGAUCCCGACAACGAUGUAUCGCACCAUCCAAACGACCGCGGCCCCUUUUAUCAAUCAUCCUACGACGACUGCGCCCACUAGAGCUCCGACUACGUUCGCCCCUCCCACUAUGUCGACCUUAAGAACGACUGCUGCGCAUUCGUGGCAAGUGUUCACUACGCAGAGACCACUUACGCCCACCACCCCGAGGAGCUUAUCGUCCUCGACUUAUGCUACUUUUAAGGAUUUCUUUGACCUUAGAAGCUUUAAUAACAUUGUUGCUAACGAAAUCGCUAACGUUGUAGAUGAACCAGAAGUCGUAGAUAACUUCGCUGCUAAUAGUUCAGAAAUGCUCGAAGACAUUCAGCCUGAAGCUCUAAUCAACUACAACUACUUUAUGAGGAAUAUUAGUUAUGAGAACGACAGCUGCGGAAGAAUUAACAUUAUGGGCACCAUAGUGCAGGAUUCUGCUCCUUACCUGUUUCCGUUUAUUAUUGAAUAUUCGUUAAUCGGAGCUGCUGUGAUUUAUUGCAUGUGGAAGCAUAUUGGCAGGAACCCAAGAUAUGUGACUCAAGAAGAUCUGGAACAUCGCUUAGAAAUAAUGCUGAGCCGUCGUGCUGUAGCGAUGGCUCAAGCUCAGCAGGGACGGGUCGAUUGCGUUGGUGCCUCCAAAGGUUUAUUCUUCGGACUGCUUAUGCUUGUCGCUUCCCUGAUUUGCCUUAUCUUGUUCUUUGUGCUGAUACAUCAUAAAGAACUCGGAUUAUUGGCUAUUUAUUUGGCUGACGUGUCACAUUGUGUGCUGAUGGUGCUUAGUAUCGUUGCCAUUAUCAUUGGAUUUAUUAGAAUGCGCGCGGUGAAAACAACCCACGUAAAUUGCAGGGUCCAAGGACUGAAGUUCAGGACUGAGGAGCAGAGCGACCUGAACGACAUCCUGCUGAGAGUUUCCGCAUUUGGACUCUUCACUUAUGCGGUAUUUAGCGUCAUCGCCGGCCACUUUAAGGCCUUUUCCGUUGAACCCAACAUGCUCGUUAUGGUAACUGGGAUUUUAUCAGUUGUUCAGGUGGUGCUCCAACUUCUAUUCAUCGCUGACGUGUCGCGUCGCCGCGUUCAUCUUCCGGAACACGAUCGCACCAAACCGGGCCGUCAAGUGGUGACGUUCCUGCUGAUUUGCAACAUCACCAUGUGGAUCAUCUACACCUUCGAGACCCAAAAAGUCGAGGCGAAUCCGGUACAAAAACGAUUUUAUGGUUUUCUGACAUGGGCCAUAGUGCAAAGAGUCACUCUUCCGUUAUGCAUCUUCCAUCGAUUCCAUUCGGCCGUUACACUCGCCGAAAUCUGGAAGACCAGCUACAAAGCCCGAUUGGAGUAAAUCAAACGCUGCUGAGUCAAUGUGGUUUGAAUUGCAGAUGGUACUUAAAAGGAUUCAUUGAACAUAUACCAUUCAUUUACGAUUAUCGCGGUUUUUCUAAAAUUUAGAAAAAGAUUAAUAUUUUAAUAUAAUAUUCGUUAUUUGUAAAUCUUUUUAACGUUUUCGAUCGGCGUUUACAACUGACGUUAGAAAUAUAUUUUGCUACCAGAUGGUAGAGUUUGGAUUAUACAAGCGUUUUCAAAAUUUCGUUACCUAAAGACAAGUCUGAUAUUUUUGCUCACCUUUGUAUAUAAAUAAAGCUGCAAGAAAAUC